AUGUUCCGUAAAUUUGCACGUUUCAGCAGUACAAAGUCCUUCUCUGUUGAAUCUGUGGUUUUAUUCUCGACACCGAAUAACCUUGCGCAGGUUAUUCAAGACUCUAUUGCAUUGCACAGGGAGAGUGACCUUCAAGUUGUUGUUGCUGGUAUAGAUACUGUUUUGCACAGUAGAAACGGGGUGAGCGAGCUUUGGCUAGACCAUAAAGUGAAGAUCCAUAGUUCAGUAUUACUUGAAGAGGCAAACACACGCAAUUGGAGAAACAUCAGCGGGAGUAUUGGCUUGAAUUUGAGACACGAAAUGAAUAUGAAAAUGAGUGUUGCAAAUACCAUUUUUUCCACAGGGUCACUGGUCACGUUAUUCUAUCUCGAUUCAAAUGGAGGGCCCUCCGGACUGGGGCCCGCCCAUUCUGGUGAGCACUUGUCCAGCCUCGUGGUGGACCUUCCGCGAGGCGUUGUACCACUGCAUGCCAAAGCCACUGUGCUCGAUAAUUGGGUUCCACUUUUUCCGCGCAGUUUCAAGAUUACUAGUUGCAUUGGGAACUUGUUGAAAACAGUUGAAAAAGCACCUGCUGCACAAUACUUAGAGGAGAGUGAAAAGUUGAUGGCUUUGAAAAGCAAAGAGACUCAGGUAUUUGUAAGGAUAUGUAAUACUGGGGAAAGGUUCAAGGUGGUUGCAGGGGGAGGAGGCUGGGGAGCAAAAGCUGGCAUUCUUGCAUUAUCUCCUGAGGCAGCACCCAAAGUAGGUGACGAGAUUGAGUUUUAUAUGGUGCCAGAGAACAAUCAUCUGGAGCAAAAGCAGCAAGAGCAGCACCACCGACACCGACACCAUCACCACAUGAUAUUCACCAGUAGCUAUGAGGAAAAAUCCUACUCGCCAGCAUCCACAUCCGAGCAAGUUCUCGAAAACAAGAAGUACCCGAUGGCUUUCAAACAGUAUAAUGAGCAUUGCAAUAGUCACACCGAUUUGUUGGGAACAGCUCUACUUGUUGAGGAGAGCGGCACUUCCAUUGCGUGUUUAUUCACCAGCGACUUUACUCAAACACCGCACCAGAUUGUGAAGCACACCGAAAACGCAUUGAGAGAUCUUUUUAACCAAGUGGGCCAUUGUAAAGUGAACAUCCCCAAGAUCAACUCGGGAAUUUUCAAUGUACCUUGGGAACUCACCGAGGCAGUGCUUAUCAACAGCGAGCUAGAGUUUAAUGUGUAUAUCUGGUAA